AAUUCCAAAAAAAAAUACAAAGUUCCAACGAAAUCGAACUUCACAUUUUUUUUUUUUCUCAUCUUCUUAAAAAAAUCCAAUCCAUGGAGUCGUCAUGAUGAUAGAUAGAUUGAAUCAAGAGACGAAGAUCCGGAUCCAAGAUUAAAAAGAUUCCGGAUUGUUUUAUACAUAGAUCGGAUCGGAGAAGAUGCCGCCGGCGACCGGAGAUAUCGAUCGUCAGAUCGAGCAGUUGAUGGAGUGUAAAGCGUUAUCUGAAGCGGAGGUGAAGACGUUCGAGCUUUUUCGUAUUGGUGGCUCUGCUCCUGAUACUAAUUAUCUUUUCAUGGGUGAUUAUGUAGAUCGAGGGUAUUAUUCAGUUGAGACGGUUUCACUCUUGGUGGCCUUAAAAGCUCGAUACAGAGAUAGACUUACGAUCCUAAGAGGGAAUCAUGAAAGCCGGCAAAUUACUCAAGUGUAUGGAUUUUAUGAUGAAUGCUUGAGGAAAUAUGGAAACGCUAAUGUAUGGAAGCACUUCACUGACCUUUUUGAUUAUCUUCCUCUUACAGCUCUCAUUGAGAGUCAGGUGUUCUGUUUACAUGGAGGUCUUUCACCUUCUUUAGAUACACUUGACAACAUCAGAUCGUUAGAGCGAAUUCAAGAGGUUCCACAUGAAGGACCAAUGUGUGAUCUCUUAUGGUCUGAUCCAGAUGACCGGUGUGGUUGGGGAAUAUCUCCUCGUGGUGCAGGCUACACUUUCGGACAAGAUAUCGCUACUCAGUUUAACCACACCAAUGGACUCUCUCUGAUUUCAAGAGCACACCAACUUGUCAUGGAAGGUUAUAAUUGGUGCCAAGAAAAGAACGUUGUGACUGUAUUCAGUGCCCCAAAUUAUUGCUACCGUUGUGGCAACAUGGCUGCGAUUCUAGAGAUUGGUGAGAACAUGGACCAGAACUUCCUUCAGUUUGAUCCAGCCCCACGUCAAAUCGAACCCGAAACCACUCGCAAGACUCCAGAUUAUUUUUUGUAAGUACCAAAAGAACUAAAAAUUGCUAUUCCACAUACUAGCUCUUUUUCUCUCUUUUGCUUUCUGUUCUUAACCACUUUUUGUAAUUUCAUAUUCCUUUAUGUAUGUGUUUGAUAAACUAUCCAUUGUUCUCUAAAAACCCGUAAUUUUGUUGUGUAUCGGAUAUGAGAGUUACA